AUGCUUGAAGAUAUGUUUUCCUCGUCCUUCAGCAACCAUCACAAGCGACCCUCUCCGCCGUCGCCGGUCAAACCGAGAACGCAACCCUCUGCCGUCGAGCAAACGAGUCCUGUUCCAAUUUUAAUUUCCGUCGAGCCUCCAUCGCAAAUCCCAGCCACGGUCGGCGACCCUUCAACGCCUCCUCUGCCACCGUGUGCGAACGACCGGCGAGAUCCACCUACGAGAGACGCAGCCGCUGAACCUCUGUCCACGAGCAGCCCCUCCGGUCAACCAUCACAAGCGACCCUCUCCGCCGUCGCCUGUCAAACCGAGAACGCAGCCCUCCGCCGUCGAGCAAACGAGUCCUGUUCCAAUUUUAAUUUCCGUCGAGCCUCCAUCGCAAAUCCCAGCCAUGGUCGGCGACCCUUCACCGCCUCCUCUGCCACCGUGUGCGAACGACCAGUGAGAUCCACCGACGAGAGACGCAGCCGCUGA